CGUAAAGCGAGUUGCACUGGUUCCAACCUUGUGGGCUGGAGACUCCCUCUCGAUGUCAGAAGUGGCGUGUACCUGAUAGGAAGCUGUGGUUACUAAGCAGGCAACAUGGCGAGCUAUUACAUCGGCUUUAUACUUCUCUGUGGACUUUUUCAUUACGGGUCAACAAUAAUGUGUUACGAAUGCAACAGCGCGAUAAACUCCCAGUGCCUAGAAGCCAAGUUGCCUGACAACCUAAAGAGGAACUGCUCUGACCACGACCGAGGAGUCACGCACACGCUGUGCCGCAAGAUAGUGCAGCAUGUGGAGUAUGGCGUCAACGGGAGGCUGCCUGAGAGCAGGGUUAUACGAAGCUGUGGCUGGGACGAGUCCAAAUUCAAGGGUCAAUGCUACCACCGUGCCGGCUACGGCGGUAGGCAGGAAGUAUGCUCCUGCAGUACAGACCUCUGCAAUGCUGCUUCAGAGACUUUAGCCACUACCGCCCUUCUCAUCUCUACUGCCUUCAUGAUUACUGGAAGAAUCGUCUGUCAAUGAUAUAUAAAUAGGUUUUAUUCAAAUUAAAUGAAUGCGUUACAAAGU